CCAAAUGUAAAACCAGAAUAAAAUAUUUUGGUAAAAAUAAAAAUUUUUAUUUUGCAUAAGCACUGAGCAGUAAUUUUAGCUAACUUAGAAUUCAGUAUUUAAUUUUGAAAUCAACAAUUGUGUCAUGAAAUUAUAUGAUUCAUAACACAUUUUAAAAUUAUACCAAGUGCCUACUACUAAUAUUUGUUUAUAAUUUUUAUGUUAUAAAUCAUAUACCUAUCUUUAACAAUUUUAUUUAUUUGCCCAUUGUUAUAGUAUGGCAUCAAACGAAGUAAAAAAAAAAGUACUUACUACUUUCAAAUUAGUGCAUAAAGCUAGGUUACUAUGUUUUAAAAAUGAUAUUCAAAUGUUAAAUGCUGCUAAACAUCAAAUUAAUGAAGAAUUCAAAAAGAAUAAAAGUGUCACAGAUCCUGUUGUAGUUCAGAAUCUUUUAACCUUUGCUCAAGAUGUUGAGCAUGAACUAAGAACACAAGUAGUUCAAGCAGAAAGAGUUAAUGAAAAAAAAUUUAAAUUGAAUUUAGACCCAGAGCGUCAUACUAUGGAGAAUAUACCAUAUGUUGAAUUAGAUGAUGAAACAUAUAAAAAAUGGAAAGAAGAAAAAAAGAAAAAUAUCAAAAAAAAAGAAAAGUGUUGCUGCGAUUAGAUUUUACUAAAUUGUUUUUUUGAUUUUAAAAGUUCCAAACAUUUAUAAUGAAUUAAACACAUGUAUAGAAUUGUAUUUACAGUAAACCAGUAGUAUAGUAGUAUAUUAUAUAUUAAUGUCUUCGUCACACAUUUUAUUCACUAGUAUGUUCAUCAUUCAAACUAUAUAUUGAUAUGUGUGGUUAAGAUACAUGAGCUUAUAUAUUUGCAGCAUAUUUCCAUGAACCAUUUGUCACCAUUAGCUGGAAAUUUAGGAAAUUAGUAUUAGAUGUAAAUAUAAAUAUAUAAUUAUAAUUUUA